UUCUUGAACCCGACAGUUCAGCCAAAAACACAGAAACAACAACGGGACCGGGUCCAGGACGGUCCAGCAGCAGGACCAGAUUCCACAACAAAGGCGUUUGAGGAUAGUCCAGGUCUUAAGCCUCUUAGUGUCUGUAAAUCUGCCUGCAGCCUGCAGCCAGCCUGUAGCACUGCCGUUGGCUCUGAUCAUCAUGAUUUAAUCCCUCUGUGGAAAAGGUUAGCUCGUCUUUGGCUCUCAUACAUUUGUCACGCUGCCAGGCGCGAACAUUAACGGAAACGAACUGAAAACUUGGAGGGCAUGGAAGAGCUUCUUUUACCGAGCGCCGGGGAGGAGGUGCGCUCCGACCACAGUUCGUACGUUCCGGGACACGCAGGGAGGACGAUGGGGGACCGGGUGAAUACUUGCGUCAGAGGAUUGGGGAGCAUCGCAAGGAAAGUGAGGGGUUUCCUCGCGAGGCACGGGUUGCUGACUCUGUCGGUCUUCGCCGUGCUCAGCGGCUGCACGCUGGGCUUCUUUCUGAGGGGAACUCAUCUGUCCACACAGGCAAAGAUCUACUUCUCUUUUCCUGGAGAGCUGCUGAUGAGGAUGCUGAAGAUGCUCAUCCUUCCUCUCAUCACGUCCAGUUUGAUGUCAGGUCUGUCGUCGAUGGAGUCGAAGGCGUGCUGUCGGAUGGGCGUCCUGACCGUCACCUACUAUCUGUGGACCACCUUCAUCGCUGUGGUGGUCGGCAUCGUGCUCGUCAUCAUCAUCAAACCCGGCGUAGGGACAGAUAUGGAGAGCCACAGGCUGGGAGGGGGGCCCGUCAUGACCUCGGCCGACGCCCUGCUCGACCUCAUCAGAAACAUGGUUCCCUCUAAUCUGAUCGAGGCCACGUUUCAGCAGUACAAAACGGACCUGGUUCCCAUCCUCAAAGUCUCGACCAGAACCGUGCAGCCCAACUUUGUCUACGUCUUCCCCGACGAGAGUGACCCUAAAGGUCGGACGGUGUACCUGGAACUGACCCCCCCUCCGGACAUCACGUACAAGACGAGUCCCGGCACCAGCCAACAGAUGAACGUUCUAGGCAUCGUCAUCUUCUCCGCCACCAUGGGCCUGUUGCUGGGCAGGAUGGGAGAGCGAGGAGCUCCACUGGUCAAUGUCUGUCAGUGUAUCAACGAGUGCGUCAUGAAGAUCAUCAACGCUGCUGUCUGGUACUUUCCGUUUGGGAUCAUCUUCCUGGUGGCGGGAAAGAUCCUGGAUAUGCAGGAUCCGAGCACGCUGGGGAAGAAGCUGGGCUGGUACGGCAUCACUGUGCUCGCCGGCCUCUUCGUCCACGGACUGAUCCUCCUCCCUUUCUUCUACUUUGUCCUCACUAAGAAGAACCCCUUUACCUACAUCCGCGGGCUGCUGCAGGCCUUGGUGAUCGCCCUGGCUACCUCCUCCAGUUCUGCCACGCUGCCCAUCACUAUGAAGUGUUUGUUGGAAAACUGCCAUGUUGAUCGGCAAAUCGCCCGCUUUGUACUCCCCGUGGGCGCCACCAUCAACAUGGACGGGACGGCGCUGUACGAGGCAGUGGCGGCUAUCUUCAUCGCUCAGGUUAAUGACUAUGAGCUGGAUUUCGGGCAGUUGGUCACAAUCAGCAUCACGGCUACAGCUGCCAGCAUUGGUGCAGCUGGUAUCCCUCAGGCCGGUCUGGUUACCAUGGUGAUUGUACUGACAUCAGUGGGUCUGCCGCCAGAUGACAUCACACUCAUCGUGGCCAUCGACUGGAUCCUCGACAGGUUUCGGACCAUGAUCAAUGUUCUGGGAGAUGCUCUGGCGGCGGGAAUAAUUGCCCACCUCUGUCGGAAAGAUUUCCCCCUCAAUAGAGCAGGAAAGGCCGGACGAUCUUACGGGACGCAGAAUCCUCACGCUCACAACAACUCUAACAGUGUAGACGUGCCAAUGACGGAGAUCAACACAAACAAAGACCCUAUGUUCGAAACAACGGGCGACUUGGCGGGCGAGAAGUACGCACACACUGUCUAUUACAACAUCUGUCAGGUGUGAUCGGAGCAGCUCGCUUCAAAACACCACCAAGUCCGUUUAAAUUUCACCGUGCCAUCUGAACAGGAGACUGACUUUGUGGUAACAGAGCAUGAAUCUUCUGAGCAGCAACUGCUUUGAGUUUAAUUUAGGUGACAAGAAAUGUGGUUUAUUUGGCCAAAAGUGGAUUGGAGAUUCAUUUUGAGCUUUGUCAGUGAUGACAGAACAAUAGCUCCAACAAAAAGGACCAUUUUUAAUGGAAACUCGCCAUCAACGCUUACUUGCAAGCUAGAAAUCCAGAAGCAUCUCUGGUUACCGUUGAAGAACAGGAUGAACCAGAGGAUUAUGGGUAUCAAACCUUAAUGCCUCUUGGGUACUGAUCGAAAUGUGUAUGUAGUACAGUGGAUCACUGUCAGGUACCGAAGAGUUUCUUUGGUGCAAAAAACAAAACAAAAAAAGAAAAGAAAAUGGACAAGAUGGAAGAUGGAAUGCUACGUUUCAUCCCUGAACUCUUGUUAUGAGCUUUGGUUAGUCACAUAAAAAAAUGUCAGACACAAGCAGCCAAAAUGAGUUUCCAUCACAGGGUUACUCGGUUCAGUUUUUACUGGUUUUGCACCAAAUUCUGAGAAGCUGAUCAUUGAGUGGAUUACUUUGCAUGAAUGGAGCUCAGAACUUAAAAUAAAAUAAAAUAUAAAUUGUACAAUGUCACUAACUAGGAUGCCACAAACUACUGGAGCUUAUUUGGAAAUGGUGGAUUUUGAAUCCUCUUUUAAUGGACGGACACACACACACACACUUAGACUCUGCAUUUAACCCAUCCUAGUAUUAGGAGCAGAUGUUAUAGUAUCAGCGCCCAUUGAGCAGUGUGGGGGUCCCGUGCCUUGCUCAAAGACACCUCUCAGAGUACCCUUUGACUAUUUGCGGUCAAAAUUACAUUUUGUUCAACUUUGGCCGCAAGACCUGUUCUGCCGCAGGCUCUAUCGCAGAGACCACCUCCGCUCUACCCGUUGAACAUAAUGGCUAUGCUCUGCAUGUCCGGUGCGAAAACCCAGGGACUAGGUGAGGAGCUCAGAGGAAAACCGAUGCCCCCUUGUUUCGAAAGGAGCCAGUCGAGGUGUUUCAGGUAUCGGAUCUGGAUGCCUCCCUUUAGAGGUUUUUCAGGUACGUCCAAAUGGGAAGAGACUACGAGGAGACCAAGAACACACUAGAGGGACUGUACAGCUCAUCAGACCUGAGGACCUGUAGGACAUCUGGACUACUCUGACCCAGACCCUUGUAAACUAUUUUUUUCAAGUGAUACCCUCACAGUUGGCUGUAGGCUACAUUUGUACAGCUACUCUGAAUAAAUGGACCGAAUCCUGAUUUUCCAGAACAAUUCCACUUCUUUGUUAAGAUAGAGAUAGCUUAAGAAACCACGUUGGAUCACAUUGGAUGAAAUUUAAAAUACACAGCAGUUGACCUAAAAACAAAGCUAAAAAGCUUGGACCCCUCUUUUUGGAUGCUUUUGUCUUUUAUCAGGGAUCUUCCGAAGGGACAAACUUCUUUGUGCGGCCAUUUGUUCUAUGCCACAGCAUUGUUUUGCUCGCUCCCAUUUCAACAAACCCUUGACUGAACUGUGUAUUGGAUUGGCUGGUGCUCAAUGCUGCCUGUUUAGACUGGUUGAAGGGUUAAAGGGUAAUCCGUCCAAUCCGGCUGGAUCCAAGUGCUCUUUGUCUUGCAGAUCAACCGUCUACUUAUUUUUCUUCUUCCUCUGUCUUGUUUGUAUUUGGCAGCAUGCUGGCAUGCGUUCUAACUGGCUUCACUUGAAGUUGACGUGCAUUAUUUUCUUCUGUUUUUGAAUGUUGCAAAGUAAGCAAAGUGCUGUAGGGAUUAUGCCAUCACUAGUUGCAGCUAAGAGAUGCUAGUUUGGGUUUAGUUACUACUUAAGUGUAUAUUACCUUAAAUUGCUUACUUACAUCUAAGAUUGGGAAUCAUUACCGAUAAUGUGAGUUUGACAAAGACAGUAGAUGUCACGGUUUGCUUGGCUCCAGCUGCAUCUCUACUCCAAUCAAGCCAGUAUUUAAGCCAGUAUUCAGAGCCCAAUUGUUUUGUCUGGAGAAGUGUUUGGACCAAAAUGCAGCACACAGGAAACCAGGAACAGUUGAUAAGGAUGUUUAAUGUUAGAGCUCGGCAGGUAGAGGGCAGGACAGAUAAUGAGCACAGGGUAAUGCAAAAAAACAAGCAGACAAACAGUAGGGGACAGACAAGCUAGAUUGUGGCCGGGCAGAGGAUCGGGAAUCAGAAGAGACGUGCAGGUGAGGGUCAGGCAGGGUCGGCAACAGGAAAUCAGUCCGCAGUACAAUCUGGCACUGAGUGUACAGGAGAGGCUUAAGUACGGGCUUGAUUGGAGAUGAGCUGGAGCCCCGGUGAGCUGAUGAGGUGGGAGUGGCUGGCUGGUGAGGGGAGGUGGAGGUGGGGUCAGUAGAAUAAUACAGAGGAGCUGCAGGUAAGGAGAGAAGCAAACCGUGACAGUGGAUUUGAAAACAAUGAGUUCCUAGAAGGUAAGAAAAAGGUCUAAAUAUGGAUGUUUUGGAAGAUGGUCAGGAUAAUUAAAGUAUUACGUUAGCAUUACAUGAUUUAUAGUUAAGUGGCUAAAAUAUGGACAAUACAGUCCGAUAAACUUACUGAUGGUGCAUGAAAUAUUUAAAGUUUUAUGGUGAAGUGCUCCUUGAACUUCUCUGUUUAAGUAGCCGAGUUGUUUCAUUAGAGCUAAACGCGAAAACCUAGACCUGCCUUAAUUUGACUGUUGACCUUCUGUCAUUUUAAUCUACAAACCUCAAUGUUCAUCUGCCAACGCACACUGACAAACUGCAACAUUUUCAACUUUUACCAAAGCACAAUUUUCCUCAAACUGCAUCAUGUACAUACUUCAUUUGUUGUUUUUUUAUAUGAAAUUUAUUUUUGGACUUUGUAAUUUAUGUUUGUUUAUAUUUAAAAAAAUAAAUGUACUUGUAUACUUAA